AGCACACGUGUCUAAGACUCGAACUCUCUGGAGCGGAUACGAUAUACGGGAAAGGCACUUGGCAUCACUCUAAUUUUGUUAUUUCCUUCACUGAUGGCUCACCCCUUGGGUUUGCAAUGGUAAAAAUCCUCUAACUUCACACCGCCAUUGGCUUUCGAGGGUUUGACGGAAAUGAAGCGACCGAGGAGGAGUGGCGGAGCGAGCGGCGCAGGAACCAACCGGUCUACAGUUUCUCUGAUGUUCUUGAGAGAUGUAAACAGGAAGAAGUUGCGAGCAAGGCAAGAUCUUUUGACAAGAUGAAAAGUGAAGCCGAGAAUUGCAGCUUAACGCGAGGUGAUAAACUCUGCAAUGAGAAAAAAAUGGAGUUUGAGGGUGCAACUUAUACAAAGGCAUGUCCUUCAUUGCUUAGACUAGAAUGCUUGGUUGGCUUUUCUAGUCUGUGUGUUUAGCACUGAUCUUAGUUGCUAUUUAAUGUCUGUGUACCUUCAAAGAAGGCAACAAGAAGAAGAAGCAGCAGAGCCCGUGGGCGGAAGAGAGCUGCACAAGAGAUUCCCCUCCCCUGCCUUGAAAAUUUAGAUUUUGCAGAAGAAGAAUGGCGGAAGAACAACUUUACCAGCAGAUGUACCAGCUCGGAGAUGUGCUCAACGAAGCCACUGAUAGCUAUUUCUCCAGUUUAGGAUCUGAUGGAGUGGAUGGCUUAGCUUCAGCCACACUGAACAUCAUAGUUGAAGAAGCAUACCGCAUUAGGGAUUUGAGAACCGCUGAAAAGAACCUCCAGACUACUGCCUCCAACAUUGGGAAAAAGGAUCAAAUGCACAGUUUGAAUAAAAACAAGAAGAGAAUUCAGGAGCUGACUACCGCUCUCGCCUUGCGUCCAGACACUGCUGCCAACGCUGGUCAGAUCGCGCACUGGACGAGGGAGAAAGAGGCUUGUGAAACACGUGUAGCUAACAUGGAGCAGAACAACUGACCAACCCCCACGUAUGCAUUUCUAAAAAGACUAUACGAUGCAUCUCUAGACUUUUAAGAAAAUUUCCUUCUAUGCAAAAUGUUGACAAUGUUUUAGCUUUGUGAUCGUACGGUUCCAACAAGGUAUUUGCAUUGUGGGUUGUGGCUUGGAACCAUUCCCACUUGUGAAUCCAUUUACAAGGAUUUAGACAUGAACCAUAAA